AUGGGCGACAAAGAUGUCUUGGCUCGCCAACAGGACGAUUUGAUAUUAGAGCACCGCUCGAGUGUUGGCCGUCGCUCCUCAUCUUCGGCCAUGUCUCCGCAGGCCAUGAUAUCACCGUCGCUUACCUGGUCACCAACACAGGAGCAGUUUCACGGCACACACUACCAGCACCAGCACCAGCACCAGCAAUUGAGUCUGGAUCAGAAACAGAAACAGAAACAGAAGCGGAAUUCGCUAGUACAGAUGCAUAUCCAGCCCAUUUACGCACAGAGACAGCAACCGGUCCAUUUCCAACAGCCUCAGCCACGACAGCCGGAGAGCAUAUACUCAUCACUAGAUCAGCAUUUCCCUCUAUCGUACCAAGGAUACGACGCCAAAGGAAUGCCUUCAGCUGCAUCUGAUACCACUAUGGUGGGACAAGCGCCUGGCAUUCCACAAAACGAACCCGCCCUUCUACGAUCCAGCAGCAUGCAUGUCUCUCAUUCAGCACCACCAGGACAGCUACGACACUACCAGUCAUAUCCCCGACCGCAGCAUUCAAGAUAUCCGGAGCACAACUACCACGAACAACAGCGACAAUAUGAACAAUAUGAACAGUAUGAACAGCAAUCCCGUUAUUACCGUGAAGUAAAUGCAAGUGCACAGCAUCCUAACACGCAGGAAUAUCAACACCAGCAGCAGCAAGGCUACUAUGGCCCUCCCUAUCAGCACUCGACUUAUCACAGCGCAUACGCCUCUGUCUCACAGAGUCCUCGAUCACAGCAACUGCAACCUCAGCGGUCCUUGAACUUGGGAUCUAUGCAUCAGAAUCGAUUUGCGAUCCCCCGCGACCAGCUACCUACGGCUCCCUCCCCAUCUGUCUUCUCUGCCACGCAGCCUGCGCCCAUCUUCCCGGAGCCAUCAGCAACUACGCAGUUGCCCACGGCAAAUCCCGAUGCGCCCACUCUCAGCUUGCCCAAGCCCUCGGAGUCUUUGUUUGCAACAGAACCUGCUACUUUUAUCACCGAGGAACAGGUAUCCCAACAUCCCAAUCGUGCCAGCACAUACUCCACAUUUCCACUAGGAUCGCCUGUAAUGUCAGAAAAAGUCGCGCGACCUAUGUCUGCUCUUCAAGGAUCGACUACCCAGUUUGUUAUGUCGCCCAUCAGGAGCGGUCAUCACAGCGCCAGUACCGCGCCUCUCUGCAAUCUCGCAAAGUCAGGAUCUGAUCUUCAUUGGAGCGCGGCUAGCAAUUCUCUUAUUGCGCAGACUAAGGCCAGAGCGGCCCAGGCCCAUUCUUAUUCGCGUCAAAUCACGCUCUCAGCAAUUCCGGCGAAUGAAGAGGUGCCACCAAUGCCUGGAAAGAUGGCCUCCAAAUCUGGCAAGGUCCGCAUCCAGCUUAUCUUCGACAGACCGUUCUUCAAUGCUGGUGGUGAGCUGUCUGGCAGACUUGAAAUUCAAUGCUCAUCAUCCCGCUCAGUCAUGUUGGCAGAUAUGGUCAUCGAGCUUUUGGGAUAUGAAGCAUUGACCAAGGAUCAUCUCGCGCCUAAAGUGUUUCAUAAGACAGUCCUUCGUUUGCAGGAUAUGCACCAUCCUUCUCAGGCGGUACAAGAAAAUAUCGACGCAGACGCCGAGGGAUACUGGAUGGCGAGGAAGGGUCGCACAAUCUUCCCUUUUCGCCUAAAUAUUCAGGACACCCUUCCCAAUUCAUAUGACUCGAAGUUGGGCCAAGUUAGAUAUGUUGCUUCAGCCAUUGCGUUAACGAAGACUCAUCAUCACAAAGAGACUGUGAACCACACGCGUGAAGUCUUCAUCUACGAAACAUGGACAACGGAUGAUAUCACGCAGGCGCGCAGGAAGUCGGUCAAGGCCGACACGAGCAAGAGGCUGUUCAUGGGAGGGGAGGGCAGCUUGGAAAUGUAUGCCGAAUUGACAAGGACCAUGGUCAGCUCCGGAGGGAUUGUAUAUGUCAACGUUGGUGUAAAGAACCUCACCAAGAAAAAGAUCAUGGGCAUCAAGCUCUCACUCUGGAGACAUAUAGCCGUCUCCAACAAGCGAUCAAGCAUUAGCAAUCAGUCGUCAAUGAUGGGAGUCCGUGAUCAGGACAGCGUCAAAAACUACAGCGAGAUCAUCUACAAAGGUGAAGACUACGCCUUUGGCAAUGAUGAUUCCCGAGUCGUUGUUCUCCCAGUUUAUAUCCCCUCGGGUGUUUAUUCCCUGCGUAACACCACACAUCUUCACGUUCAGUUCUUCGUGCAAGUGAGUCUUAUGGCAUCCAUGAGUAAGGCUCUAACGGUCGAGCUUCCGAUCUAUAUCACCCAUGCCUCAUCGUGGUCUGACCCUCCACCAAGGAUACCCAAAGAUUUCGCCUUCCCCAUGCAUGAAGACGAGCCAGUCAAAAAGAACAAAACGGGAGUGUUCUCCAAAAAGAAGACCAGCGCUACUCCCUCACAGUCGGUAGGACCUAGUGCCAGCACAAAAAUAUCGCCUACAUUCAGCGCUUCCAGCAGCAGUGUUGCCACUUCCACCUCGACUUACUCUGGUAAACCAACAACGGAAGGGCCACCAUCGGCCACCAGUGCAUCCCGCCCGAUUACACGACGUUCGCCACUUAAAGACCCAGACUCGCCCACGAGCGUGUUAGACUUUUCGCAGGCUGGCAACCUGUUCGUCGUCAAUCCUGAUACAAACAGCACCCUCGCUGCUUCGGAUAUAGCGUCUACGGCGAAACUACACCCAGUGAAUUACUCUGCACUUUUACCAUCCGCUCCUCCAUCUGUGUCGACUUCUCCGCUAGACAGGUCGCCAACGCCUUUAAUGUUAAGUGAACAUGCCUCAUUUAGUAGUUCAGGAACCGAUAAACCCGAAGCUGCGUCGCAAACUCGACACGGAUCAGUACAGGCACCCACUGUCCAGGAUGCCAACGAAGAGCAAGACUUUGACAUGACCCGUUCGGUUGGCACAUCACAGCCAAAUUCUAUCAGGGCGGAGGCAAGCAAAUCGAAGCCUGGAAAGUUGGGUCUCCGCAAGACACUAGCCAGGCUUUCGAUCGCCAUUCCUAGCCAUACCUCCAACGCUACUCCCGUCAACAAGAUUAGUGUCAGUCCUCGCAUGUUGCCGACGACUCCUCGGUCAGGCAAGAGCGUUACAAUGGACAGUCCUGAAGAAGCGGCCUCCCCUGCUGGUUCAAUGAGCUCUGGCGGUGCUCGAUCCUUAUCACGCCAGUCUAGCGGAUCAAGUCUGGAGUCUUUUAAGCACGUCUUUGACAGCAAGUCUCGAAAGUCGAGCAUUGGAUCCACUAGAGUUAUGACGGUAUCUCCAGGACCCAUGUCACCUAACCUUGGCAUGCUGAAGAUGACCCGAUGUGCAUCUUCCAACCCUGGAUCACCAGUCUUAUCAGCCACAAACUCGACCCCGUCCUCAGCGCCAGCCUCAAGAAUACCCUCUCGCGCAUCCUCGCCGACAUCCCAGUCUGGCACCUCUAGCAUAGAGGCACAAGGGAAGCGGGUUUUUCGGGAGUGUCGCCACGAAACUGACCAACUAAACAUGACACCUUCCGUUCCGGACGCCCUGUUCCACUACGAUACUCCAGCUGUGGAGGGAAUUGGACCUGAGGGAUGCGUUAAACCUAGUGGCAGCCGCAAUCGGUCGUCCACUUCAAGUCCAUCUCGCAAUCAAGUUACCAUAGCUCUGUCUUCCCCUGCCACAGUCAACUCGUUCGUCAAGCCUUGGGAGAACCAGUCUAAUAUUUCAAGCUCUACCAUCAACUCUUUCACCCUCGACUCGCACGAAGAUGUGCAGACUGCCAAGGCUAUCCGUGACGAGUACUAUCUCGAUCAGGACGCUCGCUCUCGGAAUGUUUCAACGGAGGCAUCAUUAUCUACACAGGAGUCUCAGUCUCAAAAGCAGGUUGCCUAUGGAUCGUGGGGUCAGUCUCGGGAGUCCAGUGUUUCACAAGACGGGUCUAUGCAGCAUGCAUGGGGCUCCAGUCAGUACGAAAAUCAUGAUGAUGCACAUCUCGUCACAUGUGCUCACACUACAGCUCUGAUGGCAAGCGUGGUCGCGAGUUCAGAGAGCUAUGCUUCACAAAAAGAACAUCCUGUGCAGAACCGGGACUUGGCUUCAGCUCAGUCGUCAGAGCUGGAGUCAGGGUCGUCUUCAAUCCAAUUUCCUCAGGACCAGCAAGGCGCCGACUCCAAGAUUCUUGUUCCGGAGGGUCCAAGAAUAUCGCAAAUUCAGUACGGACGGCAGCCCUGCCCUGCAUCACCCAUGACUCGGGCUGUCCUGUCUCGCAAUGCAAGCAUAGAAGACGCCAGGAUGUAUUCCGGCCCAGAGUUCCCUUUAGUGUCCCAAAUAGGUUCGCCGUAUCUUGAUUCAGAGUCGCGGAUGCAUGAACAAGCAUUGGUGCAGCCAGAUGAGCCUUGCUCCCCAGAGGUUUACUUGACUCCUGAGAUCUUUUGUACACCUACACUUCCUCACAUCGAGCCCACCCAUGUGGAUCCUGUGUGUGACCACCGAUCUUCGAGCUGCGUUACGGGACCACGACCAAUGACACCACUUUCCAGUUCAACCUCUUUUCAAUCAGAUCAGCUUAGGCUGGCCCCUGGCAACACUGAUGUGGGCAAGCAACUUGAUGGAAUACCCGGCAGAUCAACCCCGAUUGGGCAAUCGUAUAAUCCGCAGCGUUCAGAAGCAUGCGACUCCAUAAAGGCGGCGCAAGUGCACCAGGAUAAUCUACAGAAUGCUAUCCUGCAUAGCACUCGAUCCAACUCUCGUCAGACCUCCGCAGAGCAAUGGUGCUCCGAAGCAAUUACCAUGCAACAGGAGUCUCAGCAACAGGAGUCUCAGCAACAGGAAACCCCAAAUAUAUAUCAUGUUGAUCAGCGUUAUCCAUGCCAGUUGGAAGAUGAACGGAUACGCUCGGGUGGGUACGAAGAGGUGGUGACUUAUGCUGUUCCCGAUAUGGCGCCUCUGCCCAGCCGAACUUUUCAGCCUAGUUCUUCUCAUGUUUCGGUUCACCAGAGCGAGAAAGAUCGGAUUUCCUACCAGCAUCGCACGCAACACCGACAAGCUGCCAAUCUACCACCGAGUACUGUGUCCCCAAUGCCAAUAACGGACGCGAACUCUUCUGGAAUCAAGUACAAUGAAACUGGCAUUCAGGGUGCGCAACUGGAGAAUGGCUUCGAUAGCAGCACUUCAGGGCUGUCCUCCAGCUCAUCACCUGCUAUCCACAAUAGACCAUGA